AUGGGGGACCAUAUCUGCACGAGCAUCGAACAUGCACCGAUGACGGCGAUCCUUUCACCACCCCCCUCUGCGGGGUUCGAUGAACCAGACCGAUUGACAACGGCCAUGGCCACCAAGUUUGGACGAGGCGCACCCCCGCGCAUCGAUCCUACUGUCGCAAAUAAUGCAUUUCUUCAACCGAAUAUUCCAACGCCGGCAAGCAGUAUUGGCUCCCAUAUGCCAUCUCCUCUCUCAGUCUCAUCGGCGCCUCGAUCCCCUGUCCAACCCUACCCACGCCAGAUAUCCCCCGAUGACGAUUCGGUCCUGAACCUAGAUAAUGUCUUCUCAUUUCCCAUGCCGGGCAAUCGAUCUCCCACUCGUGUGAGCACACACGGAUUUUCAAUGUCAACAGAGACCACAGCACGCUCCCCAGCACCCACCCCAUCCCCACGAUAUGGAUUGGGCCUAGAUUUGGUCCCGGAGGAGGUACAGUUGCCCCCAAGUCCACUUCCUCCGGCUCCAGAAUCAACCGAGCAGGCCCAUCAACGAAAUGAAUCAAUGUUCAGCCAGAGUAGUUACCGCACCUCACUGGCCAGCACACGAUAUGGCAGCUCUACGGCGAGAUCGUCAACCAAUAGCUUCUCCCGUGGCUUCAACCAGUUUAUCGAUGAGACUCCGCCGUUGCCACCAGCGCCACUACGGACGCCAAACAAGUCUUCUUUCCCCCGAGACUCGGAACUAUCCGUCAGUUCAUCAUAUCAGAGUGACGGCCAAGAACCAUUUGGAGGGUUUGACUUUGGAAUUCCAACCAAUCCUAACCCGAGUGGUUUACAUGACCUCCCUGAAGAGCGUUCCCCCGAGGAACCAAAAGCCAGUCCAACCCAAGACUUUCCACUGCCGCCUCAGAAUCAUCUUCAUCCCGCAGCUGCAGCCUUGGAGCCUGUUAUUGACACCCAACGCAAGAAUUCCGACGCUUCAACUCAUAGCGCCGUCUCAGUGACGAGUUUUGCGCGUGCUUUAGGAUUGGAGGGUCAAAUGCAGAAAGCCGAGAGCUCAGUGUCCUCCGAAUCAUCCCCGUCAGAAGCCAACAGUGGCAGUUCAAUGUCGAGCCUCCCCUCCGAUACCAGUCUCAGCCGGUUUAAACCCAAUGAUCCCCUGAACCUCAGUCCGCUCGUCGAGGAAUUACCGCCGCGCACACGACAAACUAUUCUGGAGCUGCCGGGCCGCAUUCGAAACACCAUGGACGAAGUUCCGCCCAUCCCAGCUGCUUUCUUUAGUCCCGAUUCGCCCACCGACCCGGCCAUUAACCAGGGCGGCUUGUCAUUGAUUGCGGAAAAGCACGAAGAUCCCUCCUCCCCACAACCGCCACCAUCAGACCCGCCUUCGCCGCGACGACCAUUGCAGCGAGCCGCCACAACUCCGAUUCCCCGUCCACCGACUCGCUCCACGACUAGGUCCAAGGGCAGUUGCAAAGGAUGCGGAGAGGAAAUCACCGGCAAGUCCGUCUCCUCUUCGGAUGGUCGCUUAACGGGAAAAUACCACAGGGGCUGCUUCGUGUGUUUUGAGUGUUCCUCUCCAUUCCAAACAGCCGAUUUCUAUGUCCUCAACAACAAGCCCUAUUGCGCGCAACAUUACCAUGAGCGGAAUGGCUCUUUGUGCUCAACCUGCCACAACGGUAUUGAGGGUGAAUAUCUGGAGACUGUUGAGCGUACUGGCGCCCGACCAGACCGUCGUCGAUUCCACCUCGAUUGUCUGCAAUGCCGAACCUGCCAUGUUAUGCUCAAAGGCGACUACUUUGAGUGGAAUGGCGGCGUUUAUUGCGAACGAGACGCACAGCGCGCUUCAAAUGCCUAUUACCGACCACCACCAGGAGCCGGGGGACUGGCCCCCCCCCGGGCCCCCAGGUAG